AUGGGAAACACUUUUGGCCUCGCAGGCUUUGGACACGGUUUCUCAAAAUUGAAAUACCGUGACCGUAGAUCUUUGGUCACGGUAAAAACCGUGAUGAAAAGGGAUUUUUUUACUAGUGCGAUUUCAGAUAAUGGUAUGACUGCAAUGUUAGAAUUGAUAAAAGAGUUGCUUCCCGAAGAAAAUACCCUGCCAAGUAAGUUUCCAGAUGUCAAGAAGAUAAUUCAAGAGUUGGGGAUGGAUUAUGUAACCUACGAUGCUUGCGUGAAUGAUUGUAUACUCUAUUGGAAGGAUAAGAGUUCAUUGCUGAAGUGCCCUGUAUGUAAAGAACCGCGGUAUGUAAGAGUUUUCAAUGAUGAGAGAAAACUUACUCAAGUUGCGCAGAAGACGUUGAGACACUUUCCAAUAAUUGCAAGGUUGAAAAGAUUUUAUAGUAUACCAUGGAUAGCAGAGGCGAUGCUUUGGCAUUUUAGAGCACAGAAAGAUAUCAAUGUAAUGCGUCAUCCCGUUGAUUCUUCAGCUUGGCGUUGUGCGGAUAGUUUUUUUCCAGUGUUUGCUAAGGAAGCACGGAAUGUUACUCUUGGCCCGAGAGCACCAGGUAAAGAUAUCGAUGUUUACUUACAACCAUUGAUUGAAGAGUUGAAAGAGUUAUGGAAUGAUGGUGUUAUGACUUUCGACAGCUUCACCGGUUCUGAAUUUCUGAUGAGAGCUAGGUUGUUAUUGGCAAUUCAUGAUUUUUCAGCAUUAGGGACUCUUUCUGGAUGUGUAACUCAUGGGUAUUUUGCUUUUACAAGUUGUGGAGAAGAAACAGAUGCUGAGUGGCUGCCAUAUAGUAAGAAGUUGUGUUAUAUGGGACAUCGAAGAUGGCUGCCAACGAAACACAAGUUUAGAGAUGAUAAAACAAACUUCAGUGGAGGAGUUGAGCAUGGUAAAGCUCCAUGGACACUAACAGGAUUGCAAGUUCAAGAGAUGGUAGCUAAUUUGAAAAGCAAACAGGGUAAAGGAAAACCACCAUCAAAGAAACGUAAAAGAGGGACUGAAGGGUAUGCUGAUGAAGAAAUUUCCCAUCACUCUUUAUUUUCUCGAAGGUCUAUUCUUUAUGAUUUGCCCAAGUCAAAAGAUGGUCUUAAUGCACGUAAAGAUAUGGAAGCUAUGGGGAUUAAAAAGCGGUUAUGGUUGAAAGAGGAUGACAACACGGGCAAUACAACAAUGGAAGAUGGGUCUUUUGCCUUAACAAAGGAUGAAAAAGUUGCUUUCUGUACAGUUUUGAAGAAUUUAAGGGUGCCUUCAAAUUUUUGUUCCAAUCUUCGCAACAACGUUGGUAUAAAUCCACCGGAGUUGAAUAAUUUAAAGUCUCAUGAUUACCAUGUUAUGAUGCAGUCUUUGUUUCCACUGCUUGUUCAUACUGCAACUUCAUUUCCUAAAGAUCUGCGAGUUUCUCUUCUCCGGAUUAGUUUAUUUUUCAAUAUCUUAUGUGCGAAGGUUAUUAACAGAGAGCAUCUUUUACAAGCUAAACCUAGUUUGGUGGAGGCUAUGUUAAUGAAAGGCUUUAAAGGGUUGGUGCGCAAUAAAAGGUACAUUGAGGGAUGCAUUGCGAGAGGGUAUUCGUUGCGAGAAGCUAGCUUAUUUUUUAUGGAUGGCAUGUCAGAUGAUGGUGAUGGUACUCAUAAACAUACUCAACGGGAUUUUUUAGAUGAUGACUAUGAGUUUGCAGAUGAGAUGCCUUUAAGUACUGGAAAGAGUAUGACUUUAAAUCAAGUACAAUUUGAACAAUGCCGCAGCUGGAUACUAUCUAAGUAUUUUGAGAUAGAUGACUGGCGAAGGAAGUAUGAUUCCUAUGUUAGCGGCAACACGUCUAAUGGUCAGCAGACCUCAAAGAGUUUUCAUUUGAUAGAAUCCAAAGAGACUGAUUCAACACUUUGGAGACUCGUGCAAGGACCCCUCUUUAAGGCACGAUCCUAUAGUAAAUACCAAGUCAAUGGCUUUACUUUUAGCACACUAGGUUGUGAGGCGAAGAAUAUAUCGCAAAACAGUGGCGUAUCAAUGAAAGCUUUUACAAGACUGAAAGCGAAGUCGGCCGAGGAAGCAGAAAUAACUUAUUACGGAGUUAUUAAAGAGAUUAUCGUCUUGAAUUACAUGGAGUUUGAAGAAACUGUUUUCUGUUGUGAUUGGGUUAGUGUUGGAGAUAAGAAUGUGUGUAAGGUUGAUGCAGUUUCAAAGGUUAUAAAGGUCAACUUAUCCAAGAUGAAAAACAAAGUUAGAGUGUCCGAUGAGCCGUUUAUCCUUGCAUCUGAAGAGGCUCAAGUGUUCUACUCGAAGGAUCUUACAUAUGAGGGAUGGUCCGUGGUGUUGCAUUCACAUCAGGGGUUAACUUGUUCAGUAGAUAAAUUUGAAGCUCCUACAGCUUAUCAAUCAGUUCUUACUGACAAUGAUAAUUUCAAAAAGUUGCUUUCAAUUGGUUCUAUUUGA